AUGGGUUCUAUUCCUGUUAUUGUCAAACAUCAGGGUAAACGGUACGAAGUAGAGCUUGACCCGAGCUCAAAUGGUGAAACUUUCAAAUUCCAGUUGUAUUCUCUGACGGGGGUUGAGCCUGAGCGGCAGAAAAUACUAGUCAAAGGAGGCCAGCUUAAAGACGACACCCUCCUCUCUUCGCUCAAUGCCAAAGCGGGCCAGACGUUCAUGAUGAUGGGCACUCCAGCUAACGGAGAAUCUAAUUUGGCAUUGAGGAAACCGAAGGAAACAACAAAGUUUUUGGAAGACAUGACUGAGGCUGAAGUUGCGAGAGCAGAUGGUGCUAUACCAGCUGGACUUCAAAACUUGGGAAAUACCUGUUAUCUAAACUCCACCUUGCAAACCCUGCGACUGAUGCCAGAGCUUCAGGAUGAACUUCAAAAGUACAAGUCUACCUCGCAAGGUAGCUCUAGCUUAUUCGGCUCAGGUUCACUUGACCUCACUGCUUCACUCCGCGAUUUAUACAAACAAAUGUCCGAAACCCAGCAAGGGUUUCCUCCAAUGAUGUUUUUGAAUGCUCUGCGCACCGCUUUUCCACAAUUUGCGCAGAAAAGCAGGGAGGGACACGGCUACGCACAACAAGACGCAGAGGAAGCUUGGUCACAGAUCAUCUCCCAGCUUCGACAAAAACUCAUGAUAAAGGAUACGACUGACGGAAAUGAAAAGGACAUAUCUUUUGUUGACAAGUAUAUGUCUGGGACGUUUGACUCUGUUUUGGAGUGUGACGAACAGGCUGCCAAAGAUAGUGGAGAAAUUGCAGUGGAAAGCUCGGACGUAUUCUUCAAGCUCAACUGCCAUAUCGAUCAGGAAAUAAACCAUCUCCAUGAUGGGAUCAUGGCUAGUCUGGAAGAGAAGAUUGAAAAACAUUCGUCUACCCUCAACCGAGACGCCAUAUACACCAAAAAAUCUCGAAUCUCACGCCUUCCUAAAUAUCUCACUGUUCACUUUGUUCGUUUCUUCUGGAAGCGGGGAUCACAGAAAAAGGCUAAGAUUAUGCGAAAGGUCACAUUUCCUCAAGAAAUCGAUGUAGUUGACUUUUGUACGGAUGAAUUGAAGAAGCAACUCAUUCCAGUUAGAGACAAGGUUCGCGAGAUCCGAAAGGACGAGCAGGAUAUGGAACGGGCUCGAAAACGCCAAAAGAUUGCUCACAAACGUGAGGAAGAAGGGAAAAAAGAUGGCCAGGUGUCAGAACCCCUACAAAAGAAGAAAAUGGCUGAAUCUGUUGCCGAAGAGAGCAAGGACAAGCCGGAAGAUACAGGUGCUGCGCCUGAAGUGUUCAAAUCGGAUGCAGAAUACGAGGCCGAAAAGGCUGCUGCUCUUUUGCAAGCUAAGAAAGAACUCUUCUCUCUUAUCAAUGAAAACCUUGCGAAGGAUGUGAGUACAAACAAGUGCGGACUCUACGAACUACGCGGUGUUAUCACCCAUCAAGGGGCAAGUGCGGACAGCGGUCACUACACUGCCUAUGUAAAGAAACAGGGCAAAGUAGUGGAUGGUAAGAGGCGCGAGGAAGAUGGAAGUUGGUGGUGGUUUAAUGACGAAAAGGUCUCCGAGGUUCCUGCAGAGAAGAUUGAAACCCUCUCAGGAGGUGGCGAAUCACAUUCUGCUCUGAUCCUUCUUUACAAAGCCAUCGACUUGCCUACCGCCGAAGUACUUAACGAGUAA